UAGGCCCUGGGCCAGUGUGAAAUUUGCGUUGAAGAUGUGCUAAAUUGACCUCUUUACACACCAAUCUUCCUAAUAUACUAUAUUCCAAUUAAAAAUUCCAAUUUCAAAAACAGUCCAUAAUAUGCUAUAUAGUUAUAGACAAGGUCAGUAACGAGCGCGUAACGCUAUGGGACGUCUCUCGGCAAACUUGUGGAACAUUAGAAAACUGCAUUUUACAAAUAUUAGCGCUUGUACAAACGUUUCUACGCUCCAGACAUUUAAAGUAUUGAAUAUGCAAUUGAUUUACCCUACAAAUCAAGUUGAAUUUCCACUUAUGGUUGCACAACGCCGAUUUGUUUCGUUUUUUCUACUUUUCGUUCGCUUUCACCGACAUAUUGCCGAAAAAGGGGGAAAACUCCGUACAACCGUCACUAUCCGGGCUCGGUAGGUAUUAAACUACUAUAUUUUAUGUAUCAAAUUAAGUAACGUUAGCAAAUAAUUUAUGCUACAUGUCAAAAAAAAACUUAAUAAAUAAAAAUGAAUGAAUUAAUGUAAGUAAAUUGUCGUCGCACUAAACUGUGACUAUUUAUUAUUUCAUGUACAAUUUUUUACAUGGACUUUGCUGAUAAUUAGUUAUCAUAUACACCUAUGUAGGAAAAAUUUCCGAAAUUACAUCCCUUGAAAAAUAAGCCGCCUUUUGCAAACAGAAAAAACGCACUGUGAAAGGAUUUUUAUUCCAGAAACAAAUAGUUUUUCCAGAUAUUUGCGUAGGUGUUUAUGUCAUGAGUGGUGAAUUUCAGAUUUCUUUGGUAUAAGUUUGUUUUUAGUGAAGUAUAAAUACAUUAAGUAACUUGAAACUUUGUAAGUCCAAGCAAAAUGGUUUUGAAUGAAAAACAGAAAAUUGCCUUAAAGAUGGCCAUAGAUGGUCACAAUUUAGCUGUCCUAGGCUCUCCGGGUACAGGUAAAACAUUUUUACUGAAUCGAAUUUUUGAGGAACUCAAAAGGAAAGGUAAAAAUGUGCAAAUUACUUGCAGUACAGGAAUAUCAUGCUCUAAUUUUAGUGGUCAAGCACAAACUGUGCAUAGGUGGGCUGGUUUACAAGAUGGGCGAUACACUGCGUCUGAACUGCAAAAUUUGAUUAAAACCUCUCCAGAGUUUGAGCUAACGUUGCGACGGAUUGAAGCAACAGAUGUCUUGAUUAUAGACGAAAUCUCAAUGUUGAGUAAGAACAUCUUUGAGCAGCUGGCAAGUGUUUGCUCCGUGAAAAACAGUAGCCAGUUAUUUGGAGGUAUGCAACUAAUAGUGAGUGGAGAUUUUUUUCAGCUUCCGCCCGUCCAGAACAAUUUAUACAAUGACAAUGGAGAAUUUUGUUUCAAAAGUAAGGUAUUUCAAACUGUAUUAAAACACAAAAUUAUCCUGGAAGAAGUUGUUAGGCAACAAGAUAUUGACUUUAUACGUAUCAUCAGGGAAGUGUCUACGGGGGAUGUAAAUGAACAGACCAACGAGUAUAUGAAACGCCUUGAAAGGCCAAUAACGGGUGUAUCAAUAAAACUAUUUUCAAACAAUUAUCUUGUGGAUUUGUAUAACAGAAAACAACUCCUUAAAGAACAUGGAAAUGUAAUGACUUAUAAAUCUAAAGAUGAAGUGAUUGAUGCAAGGUACAGAGGAAAUUUAAGUCGAAUGAAUGUACAGUCAACACUUUGGUUGAAAGAAUCAGCACCAGUUAUACUUCUACGUAAUUUAAGUAACACUUUAGUAAACGGACUUCAGGGAAAAGUCGUAUCUUUUGACGGGGAAACACCAGUCGUACAUUUCCCAGCAAUUAAUGUGACGACUAAAAUUGAUCCUGUUAAUUUCACUGUUUUUAGUCCUGCUGAGAACAGAAUUGUUGCAACGAGACACCAGAUCCCUUUGAAACUUGCAUAUGCAGUAACAAUUCAUAAACCUCAACAAAUCGAAUGUAAC